AGAGAGGGAGAGUAACACACGAUUGCGCACGAGAAAUGAUCCGCUCCUAGACUAUGGCACCGUCAGGCUCGCGUAGUAUCAAGAAGGGCUGUCAGAGAGUUUUGUACUGGAUCCCGGUCCUGUUCAUCGCCCUCAUAGUGGCUUGGUCAUACUACGCCUAUGUUUUGCAGCUUUGCAUAGAGUCCAUUGAAGACACAGGAGAAAAGGUUGUAUACUUGCUGGUGUACCAUGUCAUGUUCAUCAUGUUUGUGUGGGCGUACUGGCAAACCAUCUUCACCAAGCCCAUGAACCCCCUGAAGGAGUUUCACCUGUCCUACUCUGACAAAGAGCUGCUGGAGCGUGAAGAUCGGGGAGAGUCUCAGCAGGAGAUCCUGAGGAGGAUAGCCAAAGACCUGCCCAUCUACACCCGCACCAACUCUGGAGCAAUCCGAUUCUGUGACCGCUGCCAGCUGCUGAAGCCAGAUCGAUGUCACCAUUGUUCAGUCUGUGAUAAAUGCAUCCUGAAGAUGGAUCACCACUGCCCGUGGGUGAAUAACUGUGUGGGAUUCUCCAACUACAAGUUUUUCAUGCUGUUCCUGGCAUAUUCCCUCCUCUACUGCCUUUUUAUAACUGCUACAGAUCUUCAAUACUUCAUAAAAUUCUGGACGAACGGCCUCCCAGACACUCAGGCGAAGUUCCACAUCCUGUUCCUCUUCUUCUCGGCCUCUAUGUUCUCAGUCAGCCUGGCCUCGCUUUUCAUCUAUCACUGCUGGCUCGUCUGCAAGAACAGAUCCACUCUCGAGGCUGUGCGUUCUCCAGUGUUUCGCCAUGGCACAGAUAAGAACGGUUUCAGUCUUGGCUUCAGUAAGAACUUCCGCCAGGUCUUUGGCGACGAAGCGAAAUACUGGCCCAUUCCCAUUUUCUCCAGUUUAGGGGACGGUUGCUCUUUCCCAACCUGUCUGGUGAAUAUGGACCCCGAGCAGCCCUCUUCACCCACUGGCCCCAACCCUGCCAACAAGGGUGCAGUAGAAGGCCGCCAGUUCCCCUCCAAGCCGCUGAGGGAGUCUCAGAGUCGGCUGCUCACCAGCACCCCCUCCUGGUCAGAGAGUGACAAUCCAACAGACAAAGACAAGAAGGGUGCCAGCAACGAAGGGAUGACCAUAGAAAAUGAGGCGUAACAAGAGUUAAGAGACAGAGGUGACACCAUCAACCCAGAAAGGUCUAUGCUGCCCCCUCCUCGGUGUUUGUGAAGCCGUGGUGACAUCAUCAGUGUUUGUUGUUUUCCAUACUGCACCCUGCUUCUGAGAGGUUCACAUGACUGAUAUCACGAAACAAGCCACAGAAAAAUGAAUGACUGGGCUCCAGGACAAGUGGAUUGAAAUGAACAUUGCAUUCCAACCAUCACGUUUUUUUUUGUUUGUAUAUGAACAAGCACAGAGCAGAUGAAGAAGAAGAGAUGUUUUUGCGUUUUGUAUACUAAGAGAUCAAUCUGAGCUGCUUUUGUAUGUAACAGCAGAAUUAUUUGUUCUAUGUUAGUUUCAUAGCUUAGCACAUCAGUAAAUGCUAUUUUAAGUUUGCCAAAUGUUUGCACAUUAAGUACAGAUUAGCAGUGGUGUUAAUGUGAUGUAACCGAUAUUGCUUCAGCACUUUUUUUUUUUGGGUGUGUGGAUCAUGGAGGGGGUAGGGGUGGGGGAGUGUUUCGCCCACCAUGUUGAGUGUAGUGGAAGUUCAAACGAUGCAUGCUCUCAUCUCAGGAUGUCAACACAAACACACCUUGUUGUAGUGAACUGUACAAGAUGUUUUCUCCUUUUGCUUGGAAACAACAAAAAAAAGAAACAUGUAUUAACUAGUAAUGUGAAUAAGGGCUCUUCUGACUCGUUAUAGCAUGAGUGAGGAUGUUGCUGUCACACUAAAAUACCCGAGAGCUGGUGCUGCUCUGCCUCCCUCUGCCAAAUAUCUACAGUGCACAUCAAACUGCCGGCCAAAAGCUUCCUGACUGUCUCUGGAGGGCCGGCAGCAAAACCUUUGUGUAAUGCUGCAGAUGUUCACCAUCAAAAAGCAGAUACUGUUGAGUGUUUUUCUAACUCACAGCAUGAUGUCGUUGACAUACAGCAGAGCAAAAAAAAAGAGAACAGCUCCAGCUGCUUUGUACAGUAUAUUUUCACUGUUCUCAUCUCUGGCUGGAAAUGAUUAAACCAUCGGUGAAAACUAGCAGGAAGAAUGUACGCUUGUUUCAAAAACAGCUUCAUGGUGAUAAGUCAGUGUCAAUAUAUAUUUUUCUAUUCUUCUGUCUGAAUGACAUAAGAGACAAUAUGGAUCUGUGAGUCAAUGUACUGUACAGUCGUGAUGCCUUAUGAGAAUAAAAUGAGCUCAUCUUCA